AUGAGUUCAUCUGAGGCUAACCCCACUAUCCCUUCCACCAUCACUCAUGCGUGCUGUGCCGAUCCUGCUCCUGCGAUCAGUGAUUACACUUUAAAGGGUGACUACAAGCCGUACGGACCAUUCGAAAAGGCCUACAUUGUUGGCCCCGCUGAUACCAACCGAGCAAUCAUCUUUGUCUAUGAUAUUUUCGGGUAUCACCUCCACACUCAACAAGGCGCCGACAUACUUUCGGAGGGCCUCGGGGCACUUGUCGUCGUACCCGAUUUUGCGCGAGAAAAAGCUUACAAUGUUCAGCGUUUUUCGAACCCUCCGCCCGGUGUGAACGUGGGGCAAGAAAUCUUGUCCACUUUCUUUGCGGUGAGACCGCAAUUCUUUGAAGAUCGUGUCAACGAGGUGAAAGAGGUUGCAAAGCAACUCAGAUCGGACGGAAAGACUUUCGUUGGAACUCUUGGCCUUUGUUGGGGCGGGCGUGUUGUCCUCACCGUCGGAGGAGCGGAAGAAAAGCUAGUUGAUGCCGUUGCCUCAACCCAUCCGGCCCAAUUGAAACAAGAUGAUAUUGGAAAGGUUCGGGUACCUGUGGCGCUCUACCCAGCUAAAACGGAUCAGAUUGACCUUGCCGAGAAGAUUGUGAACGAGGCGAAGAAUCAAAGCUUCGGCGCAACAAGCGAUUUCAAAGCUUACAGGGAUAUGCAUCACGGCUGGACCGGCGCACAUGCCAACCUCGACGAUGAGAAAAAUUUGGCUCAGUACAAGGAUGUGUACGGGCGCUUGGUGAAUUUCUUCACAAACUCCGCCACCAGUACUGCGGGUUCAACAAAUUGA